AUCAAGGUCCAAAGUCCACGGCCCCUACUCUUUUGACUCUCCACUUUACUGAACUGUAUACGUCAGUUGUAAAACUGUAAAAAUUUGGUCCAGACCAGGAAAGUAAACACUCGGCUGGUUUUAAGUGUCAAGUCAUUGCAGAGUUAAAAAAUAUAGUUUACAAUAACAGUUUCUUAGUUAGUGAAUAGAUUGUCCAAUAAUAAUUUGUCACCAUGUCUGUGUUAACUAAAGGGAUAUACUUUGUUGCGGCAAAACGAACGCCGUUUGGUAAAAUGGGUGGGAUGUUUGUUAAUAAAACAGCAACAGAUUUGUCAGUUGUUGCUACCACAAGUGCAAUUCAGUCAGCGGGGAUAAAGCCCGAGUUAAUAGAUCAUGUUAUCUUUGGUAAUGUUUUGUCCUUAUCUGCAUCUGAUGGUGUCUUGUUACCUCGACAUGUUUUAUUGAAAUCGGGUAUUCCUAUUGAAAAACCUGCUCUGGGUGUUAAUCGAUUAUGUGGAUCUGGAUUUCAAUCGAUAGUCAAUGGUGCUCAGAGUAUAACGAGCGGAGAAUCCCACAUAGUAGUGGCAGGUGGUGCAGAAAACAUGAGCCAGACACCAUUCGUCGUACGUAAUGUGCGUUUUGGAACAGUGUUAGGUCAGAAAAUUGAUUUCGAAGAUGCAUUAUGGGUUGGCUUGGCUGAUAGUUACUGUAAAUUACCAAUGGGUGGAACAGCCGAAAAAUUAGGAGCUAAAUACGGGGUUACAAGAGAAGAAGUCGAUGAAUUUGCGUUACGAAGUCAGAAACGUUGGAAAGCCGCCAAUGACGCAGGCUAUUUCAAAGCUGAAAUGGCGCCCGUUUCGAUGACCAUUAAAAAGAAACAAGUGGAAGUGUCAGUCGACGAACAUCCCCGACCAGAAACAACAAUCGAAGAUUUGAAAAAGUUAUCGUCAAUUUUUCAAAAAGAUGGUCUUGUUACCGCUGGAACUGCAUCAGGUAUCUGCGACGGCGCAGGAGCAGUAAUACUUGCAAGUGAAGAAGCGAUUAAACAACAUAAUCUACGGCCUCUUGCACGCCUGUGCGGCUACGCGACGGUUGGCGUUGAUCCUAGUAUCAUGGGAAUCGGACCAGCACCAGCGAUAAAGAAUCUUCUGAAAAUCUCCAAUAAAACUCUUAAUGAUCUUGAGCUAGUUGAAAUAAACGAGGCUUUUGGCGCGCAAACACUGGCGUGUGUCAAAGACUUAGGUCUUGAUAUAAACAAGUUGAAUGUUAACGGAGGUGCCAUUGCGCUUGGACAUCCUUUAGGUGCUUCUGGAACUCGUAUCACGGCACAUUUGAUUCACGAACUUAGACGAAGAAACGCCGGAAAAUUCGCUAUCGGAGCAGCGUGCAUUGGCGGGGGACAAGGGAUCGCAUUGAUGAUAGAAGCCCUUUAAAUUUAUGUUUAAAUUGUAUAUUUUAUCCCCAAUUGUUAUAUUUUUUGAUACAUAGAUUUUUUUUUAAAUAUGUGAUAAUUUUUGUUCUAUUAUGAAAUAAACACUUUUUAUGAGAUUAA